AUAAGUUAUUAUUAUUAUUAUUUAAAAUUUAUUCAUACAAUAAAAUAUAGAAUACGUUUCGUAAGAAAUGGAAAGUAUUCGAAAAGUGGAUGCUGGUGAAUUAUCCUAUGAAGAUGUAUGUAGAAAAUUAAAUACAAACAUUGAAACUGGUCUUGAUUGGAAUGAAGCUAAUCGUCGUCUACAGAUUGUUGGCCAUAAUGAACUUAAUGUCAAACAAGAAGAAAGUCUACUUAGUAAAUAUAUAGAACAGUUUCGAAAUCCUCUCAUCAUACUUCUAUUAUGUUCGGCAUUUGUUAGUGUUUGUAUGCAACAAUUUGAUGACGCAUUCAGUAUUGCGGCGGCCAUUAUCAUUGUUGUUACGGUGGCAUUUGUACAAGAAUAUCGAUCGGAAAAAUCAUUGGAAGAACUAAAUAAACUUGUGCCACCAACAUGUCGUUGUAUACGUGAAAGCAAGAUUGAAACAUUUUUGGCACGAUCAUUAGUGCCUGGUGAUAUUGUUACAUUGGAAACUGGUGAUCGAGUUCCAGCUGAUCUUCGUCUCGUGCAAUCAAUAGAUUUAUCCGUGGAUGAAAGUAGUUUUACCGGCGAAGCUGAACCCGCACAUAAAUCAUCCGAACAAGUGCAAAAUGCAUUGACUAAUAAUGCCAAUAUUGUAUUCAUGGGCACACUUGUUUGUCAGGGAAAAGGCAAAGGUGUUGUUAUUAGUACCGGAAUACGAUCUCAAUUUGGUAAAAUAUUUCAAUUGAUGCAAUCUGAAGAAGCACCAAAGACACCAUUACAGAAAAGUAUGAACAUAUUGGGCAAACAGCUUUCAUUCUAUUCGUUUGGAAUAAUAUUUUUGAUUAUGUUCCUUGGUUGGAUACAAGGACGACCAUUAAUGGAAAUGUUUAAUAUUGGCGUAUCGUUAGCUGUUGCAGCUAUACCGGAAGGUUUACCUAUUGUUGUUACCGUUACGCUUGCCCUUGGUGUAAUGCGUAUGGCCAAACAAAAUGCUGUUAUCAAACGUCUACCAACUGUUGAAACAUUGGGAUGUGUUAAUGUAAUAUGUUCGGACAAGACUGGAACAUUGACCAAAAAUGAAAUGACAAUCACCUCAAUAGUGACAUCAGAAUUAUUUCAUGCUGAACUUUCUGGUAUUGGUUACGAUAGUUUGGUUGGAGAGAUUGAAUUCAAAGCGAACAAUGAUGAAUCAACGAAACGUCAAUUAGAAUCGAUACAACGAAUGCUCAAAGUUGGUUGUAUUUGUAAUAAUGCUCACUUAGUUAAUGGUCGUUUAUUUGGACAACCAACCGAAGCAGCUAUACUUGUUGCUGCCCGCAAAUUGGAUGUGACCGAUAUUCGUCAACAUUAUGAACGAUUAGAAGAAAUACCAUUCUCUUCGGCCCAGAAAAUUAUGGCCGUCAAAGCAAUUAUGUUGUCCAACAAUAGCAAUAAUAAUAUAAAAGAAUCGUCCCUCAUUAGCGAUGAUCAUGGUGAUUUUACAUUCACCAAUAAUUGUGCCAAAUAUUACGUUAAAGGAGCUUUAGAGGUUUUACUUCCAACUUGUACAAAAUAUGCUUUUAUUGAUAAAACAGUGCCUCUUGAUAAAAAUCGAAUGGAUCAAUUCCAUGUGGCAGCACAAGAUUUAGGCCGUAAAGGACUUCGUGUUCUUGCCUUUGCUUACGGUCCAAACAUGAAUGAUCUCACUUUUGUUGGAAUGGCAGGCAUAUUGGAUCCACCUCGAAAUGGUGUACGUGAAUCAAUUCAGGCAUUAAAAUCAUCAACUGUUGAAGUAAAAAUGCUUACUGGAGAUUCAAAGGAAACAGCCUGUGCAAUCGGUCAACGUCUUGGUCUUUACGUUCCAGAUAAAUUGCCAAUUUCGGGCGAAGAAAUCGAUCAACUUGAUGAUGAAUCAUUCGCCAAUAUUGUUAGCCGUAUAUCGAUAUUUUAUCGUGUAGGCCCUAGUCAUAAGCUACGAAUUGUGAAAGCAUUACAAAGCCAUGGUCUAAUUGUUGGAAUGACCGGUGAUGGUGUUAAUGAUGGUGUUGCUUUGAAAAAAGCUGAUAUCGGUAUUGCUAUGGGUAAAUCAGGAACUGAUGUUUGUAAAGAAGCUUCCGAUAUGAUUCUGGUCGAUGAUGAUUUCCAUACAAUUAUGUUAGCCAUCGAAGAGGGUAAAGCUAUUUUUUAUAAUAUACAGAAUUUUGUUCGUUUCCAGCUAAGCACGAGCAUUGCUGCCUUAUCAUUGAUUGCCAUUUCUACAUUGGUACACAUUCCAAACCCUUUGAACGCAAUGCAAAUUCUUUGGAUCAAUAUUAUUAUGGAUGGUCCACCUGCUCAAAGUUUAGGCGUCGAACCAGUUGAUCCGGAUAUAAUAUGUCAACCACCAAGAAAUGUUCGACAGCCAAUGAUCACUAAAGAUUUGAUAUUUAAUGUUCUAGUUUCAGCUAUCAUAAUCAUAUUAGGUACUUUAUUUGUUUUCAUCCAAGAGAUGAGUGAUAAUGUUGUUACGCCACGAGAUACCACAAUGACUUUCACUUGUUUUGUUUUCUUUGACAUGUUCAAUGCAUUAAGCUGUCGAUCUCAGACAAAAUCUAUCUUUAAAAUUGGCCUUAUGAAAAAUCGGCCAUUUUUAUUCUCCGUUUUAUUAUCAUUAAUUGGUCAAUUAUUGGUCAUUUACGUUCCUUUUUUUCAACGAAUUUUUCUCACCGAAUCAUUGACAAUACAAGAUUUAUUAUUCUUAUUAUGUAUCACAUCAACCGUAUUUAUUGUAUCGGAAAUACGUAAAUAUUUUUGGAAAAAAACCUACAAAAAACAUAUGUUUAUGAUUGCCAAGGAAAAAAUGAAUAUGGUCUGAACAUUUUUAUUUUCUAUAUUUUUUAUCAUAAUCAAACAAAGAAAAAUUCACAUCUUUACCCGGCCCCCACCUCCUUACUAUAAAUAUAAACUUUUUUCUUUUUGUUCUUCUUA